AUGGGCAGAGUUAGUACUAAGCUAAUUAAGAAUGCAGCAAAACAGUUCGUAGAAAAACACUAUACAAACUUAACCCUUGAUUUCUACCAAAACAGGGAUGUCUUAGAAAGUGUAUCGAUUAUUAAGGGAAAGAAGUUGCGCAACAAAAUAUCUGGAUACGCAACUAGACUAAUGAAACGUACUAGGUAUGGCCGAGUAAAGGGAGUCUCAAUUAAGGCGCAAGAAGAGGAGAGAGAAAGAAACGACAACUUUGUUCCUUCUGAGAGUAUCAUUGAUGUGGAGAGAUUGGAAGUAGACAAUGUUACAAUGUCAAUGAUUAAACAUGUUGGCUUAACGGGUAGCUACUUUGUCUCAACUUCAGAGAACAACCAAUAA